GCGCGUGUGUUGGGAAAGUGGGUGUCGCUGUGCACGCUGCUGGAGGAGCUUCACAGCGAUGUGUCGAGGACUUUAAACACACUGUGUCAUACAGUGGUGGAAAGAGGGAGACCGCGCCGUACUGGAUCGUAUACUGCAAUACUUCUGAUGCAAUGAGUCCGACCGUUCUCAUUCUGAUCCAAUGUGUCUGACGAUUCACUUUCCGCGCGCGAUGCUCUGACUCUGACUGCCGUGUGUUUAUAUGGAGACACCCUAAAAAACAGGCAACCGGGAAAUGGUAACACAUGAACCUCCUCACUGGAAGGAACAUGGUUGAGAGGAGCAGUAAAUUUCUGUUCAUCGUUGUCGGCUCAGUUCUGUUCAUGCUGAUUUUGUAUCAGUACGUGGCCCCGGGGAUGAUGAACUUCGGCUCGCCGCACGGGUACAUGCUGGAAGACGAUGCGGAUCUCUUCCCGACUCCUGAUCCACAUUACGUGAAGAAAUACUAUUUCCCCAUCAGGGACCUGGAGCGGAGCUUGGAUUUUGAAAUCAAAGGAGAUGAUGUGAUAGUGUUCCUCCACAUCCAGAAGACCGGCGGCACCACGUUCGGGAGACACCUGGUCCAGAAUGUCAGGCUGGAGGUUCCGUGCGACUGUAGACCGGGACAGAAGAAGUGUACCUGUUACCGACCCAAUAGGAAAGAGACCUGGCUCUUCUCUCGGUUCUCUACCGGUUGGAGUUGUGGCUUACAUGCGGACUGGACCGAACUGACCAACUGCGUUCCGGGGGUUUUGAACAAAAAGGAGAGCCGGAUGAAAAACCAAAGGAAGUUCUACUACAUCACCCUGUUACGAGACCCCGUGUCUCGCUACCUGAGCGAAUGGCGACACGUCCAGCGCGGGGCCACGUGGAAAACCUCCCUACACAUGUGUGACGGACGAACCCCCACGCCGGAGGAGCUGCCCCCCUGCUACGAGGGCACCGAUUGGUCGGGCUGCACGCUACAGCAGUUCAUGGACUGUCCGUACAACCUGGCGAAUAACCGACAGGUCCGCAUGCUAGCCGACCUCAGCCUGGUGGGCUGCUACAACAUGUCUUUCAUCCCGGAGAAGAAGCGUGCGCAGGUGCUACUCGAGUCGGCCAAGAAGAACCUGCGAGACAUGGCCUUCUUCGGCUUGACUGAGUACCAGCGCAAAACGCAGUACUUGUUCGAACGGACCUUCCACCUCAAGUUCAUCCGGCCCUUCAUGCAGUACAACAGCACGCGGGCCGCUGGCGUGGACCUGGACAACGACACGGUGCAGCGGAUCGAGGAGCUGAACGACCUGGACAUGCAGUUGUAUGACUACGCCAGGGAUCUUUUUCAGCAGCGCUACAUGUACAAGCGACAACUGGAGCGAAGAGAGCAACGCCUAAAGAACCAGCCCGCCCUCUUUCCCUUUCGUCGGACGCCCAGCUCUGAUCCUAAUUUCAGGGAUGACGCGCCGGAGUCUGAAGGGUCCCGAUUGCCCACAGAGGACUACAUGAAUCACAUCAUCAACCGCUGGUAGCAGUGCUGGGGGGAGGGGGAUGGAAAAUACAGGUUGACGAGGAGGAAAAGAAUGUGAUCCCCAGGUCCAAUCAAGCGGGAGAGAAAGAUGGCAAACGAGAAAGGGACCGAACUUUAGAGCCACCAUCAAAUACGGCCCUCCCCCCUUCUGUUGUGCUCCAGGAUAUCCUUCGGUCGUCUCGGAGUGGGAGGACUCCAAAUGCAGGACAAUUGGUGGCGCGAAGACUUUGCGUGCCAGGUCAGAAAUGUGACUGACUAACUUAAAGCACUGAGACUUAAAACUAAGAGGUGAAGACUUCUACAGGCGCAAUCGCCCACAGAAGGAAAGAAAACAUAAAAAUUAUCGAAAUUAUAUUCACUGCAGAUUUUAAAAUAAUGAACCGAAUGAAAUUGUAUAGAGGUAUUUGCUUAAAUGUCUGCUGCCAUUUCAGCCAUGAACUUGUGACGGUAACGGUCUGUCUCUUUAUUUUUUUAGUUUGUUAUGGUCUGAUUUCAUUGAAAAAGGGAUUUUUUCGUCCCUCAAAGAGGUAAAACUCACAGCACUGAGACCAACAGAGCUGCCUAACACUUAUUGGAUGCAAUUUAUUAGCUUUUCAUAAUCAGAGAUGACUUGAAGAGGUCUGUUCUAUUGUCCUUUUUUGUGUGUAUUUGCACGUCGGCUGCAAAUUUCGUUGGACGGACAGACAACAUGUGGACCGUAGCCAUUAUUUAAGCUUUCAGCAUACUGUACGAGAAAAUCCCUGCGAGCUAAGUGUACUAAUAUAACCUUGCCGAAUGUGAGAGGAAUGUUUGUCCGAUCAGACAGAUGUCUAGGUUCUAGGUUGUCAUCAGCACCCAAUCCAGGCCAUUUCUUGGUAGCCGAGUUGCGAAACUGGUGGAGAUCCAAAGAGGAAACUGUGUCUUAUUUUACCCUUAGUAAGGAUAGGCUCUGCGUUUCCAAGCAAAGUCGUGCUCUCUAAAUGCGAUUGACUCGAUAAUGGCGCCUGUAUGUCAGUCAACAAUAACAGGAGCGUCGUAGAGUUUGUGUGUAUGUGUAUGUGAAAGAGAGAGCUCGUGAAACGCAAGCAGAAGGAAGAAGCAGCAAGCGCAGCCUUUAUAAAUGUCACCACCAUUCCCAAUUCCCAGAGACUACUCAUUAUUUAGUAUGCGGGUAGAUGGAGGAUGACUGUGUGUGUUUGAGAUUUUAAGCAUUCUAUUGAGGAUGACUGUUUUGAGUAUGCAAGCAUGUUUGGUGUUACUUUUUUGUUUUCGAAUGUAUGCAAGUUUGUGUUUCAUGACCAAUCUCUUGCCAUGGUCCUCAGGGACUGAAACUAUAGCCAGUAAGGAGAGAGGAAUGAUGUAACAUGUCUCUCCUUAUGCAUAUAUGUGUUAACUUUGAGUUGUUUGUUGUUAAAGGAAUAGUUCACCCUGAGAAAUAUGUAUCUCUGUAUGACCCAAAAACGAGCUGUUUGCAGAAUGCUCAAGCUACUCUUUUCUAUACUAAUGAAUGUAAGUGGGGAGAAAUGACUAAAAAUUUCCAGAAAUGUAUAAAGUCAUACAGACUUGUGCACUAUAUUUAAAGUAUUCAAGUGUUUUGCAAGUCACUUUGACAGUUUUUUUUUAUACUUUUGGAGCUUGACGGCUCCAUUUCUCAUUGCCUUU